AUGACACCCGCCAACAAAGCAUGCGGCCUCUCGCCGCUACUCCCCGUUCCCUGGGCCGGCCUCCGCGCCUGGCUCGACGACGCCGAGCGCACGCAGGCCCUGACCGGCGGCGCCACGACGCACCUCGCCCACGCGCAGCUGCUCGCGCUCUCCCAGCUCGUCCCCUUUGGCGGCGACGAGCCCCCGCUGCCCAAGGAGGACCACGUCAGCAAGCUCAUGCGUAUGUCGUCGUCGUUGUCGUCUUCUACGGUCCUAGCUACCGUCGUCGGUGGCGCCUCGCGCGGCGGAGAACCGCCGACGACGGUGGCGGGCACCGACCCGAUGGAGGGUGUACGGUUCGCUAAUGGUGGUGAUGGUGGAAUAGAGUUUAUCCAGUCAAAGCAGCUAGAGCCGCCGGCGUUUGAGACGGGCGAGCCGGUCGACGUGCCGGUCAAGGGCGCGUUCCAGCUGCGAUGGCAUUGCACGUGCGUGCUGCCGUGGUGCGAUCAGACAUUUCCAAAGAGAGAGAAUGAAAAGCCGCCGGCGUUAUUCUCGAGCAAAAAGUAUGCGGCUAUGCUCGCGGUGGCAUAUCUGAACAGCGCGACGAAGGAGAUGGCUACCUCGCUUACACCGCGCAAGACUCCGCAGGAGACGACACAGCUGCCGCGACAGCAGGCUUCUCAGAUGCCGCCGCCGCAGCUCCCACCAUCUCAACCUGCACCUACGCAACUGCCACAGCAGCCUCACUCUGAGUCUGUACCCGCGCAGCAGCAGCAGCAGCACACAUGUCAGUGUGCAUCUCGACAGCCACAGCAACAACAAUCACUAACACUCCCGACACCUGUUCGACCAGUUACCCCUACACCGGCCUCUCUCCAUGCCCCGGUCCCCGUCGCCGCCUCUUCUUUGGCCACGCCCCCCUCCACCAACCCUAUGCGCGCAAAACGCCCCCUCGACUCCCCCACGGCCCCCGGCUCGGACAAUGGCUCACCUACCAAGCAACGCCACUGCUCCCCUGCCGCUGCUGCAGCGCCAUCUCCUCCUCCUCCUUCUGCUUCUCCUUCUGCCACUGACGCCGACGCCGCUGCCAUGGCGUCGCCCGUCUCAUCCGCAAAAGGCCACCGCGCCGACGCCGCCGCCGAGUCUAGCCGCCUGUCCGCGGUCCUCGCGAAGCUGUGUGCGCGCCUUGGCGCGUCGCAGCCCCAGUACCAGAUCACGCAGAACCCGGACCGCCCGGGCUUCUUCAGCGGCUUCGCCAAGUUCUCGCCAGGGUCACGUGUGCCCGAGGGCAUUGCCGUAGUGCAGGACGUGCUGGGAAAAAAGCAGGCGAGGAUUCAGAUUGACGCGCAGGUGCUGGCGUGGAUGGAAAAGGAGGAGGCGAGGAGGCAGAAGCUGGUCGAGGGGAUGCUGUCGUGA